UCAUGCGUGAGGAAAGCGUGCCAACAUCCAGUUUGAAAGCAGUUUUUCUUCCACAGCGAGAGGUGCAAAGAGCGAGAAUAUCAUCCUCUCGUCUUAACGGAUAUACAUUUUCUUUAACACGGCUUCAAAGGUGGACGGCGUGUUUUCUGCUCUAUCCCUGCAUUUCUUCAAGAGAGAAAUGGAAGAGGGCUCCAGUUCUCCGGUCUCCCCUGUGGAUAGUCUGGUGACCAGCGAGGAGGAGCUGGACAGACAGCAGAAGAGCUUCCCGGCGAAGAAGAGACACAGCAAGAAGGGCAGCGAGGACAGUAGCGGCAGCAGCCCGGGCCCCGUGAAGCGGGUCAAGAAGGCAAGUCCGGACAGCAACCAGUCCUUCGAGGAUCUGCAGAACCAGAGGUGCCUGGCCAACGUCCGGGAGAGGCAGCGAACUCAGUCUCUGAACGGGGCCUUUUCGUCUUUGCGUAAAAUCAUCCCCACGCUGCCCUCGGACAAGCUGAGCAAGAUCCAGACGCUGAAGCUGGCCUCCAGGUACAUCGACUUCCUCUGUCAGGUGCUGCAGAGCGACGAGAUGGACCAGAAGAUGUCCAGCUGCAGCUACGUCGCGCACGAAAGACUCAGUUACGCGUUCUCCGUGUGGAGGAUGGAGGGAGCCUGGUCUAUGUCAGCAUCUCACUAGCAGCCGGAGGGGCUUCACUUACACUGCCAAAAGGACUGUUUACUUCUGUAUGAAGACUAAAGGGAUUAUUGAAGAACUCAUGGACCUCAAAGGCACGGCCGAGAGACGUAAUGUGACCCACAACUACAAACCCUGUGCGCAGUGUGUGUGUGUGUGUGUGUGUGUGUGUGUGUGUGUGUGUGUGUGUGUGUGUGUGUGUGUGUGUGUGUGUGUGCGCAUCCAUCACACCGCUGUUGACUGUCUGGAGCUGUUUGUGGCAGAAAGAGAUCGGGGGGCAAUGAGAUGUUACAGCGCAUAUCUCGGCCUGCAUUUCAACAGAAGCCACCAUGUAACCGUGUUUCUAGAAGGAUAUAUAUAUAUAUUUUUUUUUGUCAAAGACUUUAAGCCAAAUUAUAAAAAAUAUAUAAAUGCAUAAUUGUACAUACCUGUGUAAGUACGCCUAUAGCCUGUUAAGGGACCAAUGCAAUUUUUAGAGUCUUUUGCUGCAUGGAUUUAUUUUAUCGACUUUCUUCAGCAAAACUCUGAACUCCGUCCAAUGUACAUUAUUGUUUUUGCUUAUUUAUUAAAAUACAUAUUUUUG